ACCGGUAAUAAAAUUUUCAAGAAAUAUUAUUUUAUUAAACGGAGGGCCGACCCGAGCUGUAAAUAUAGAGCAAUAAUAAUUCAAAGCAUAAAUCUAGAUCAAAGGGCCUUUUUUGGACCGGGCCCAUCCCAGAGACAAAACUUCUUUGCCCAUCUCAUUUUUCUCAUGGAUUGAGUUGGUCCGGCCCUACUCAUCCCAGGUUAGUUACAAUUGCACAAAUUCCCGGCAAAUUCCCAAGGACACGCAGGUGAUAACUAACAACAGCGGGAGAAAAUAAUCAAAAUCAAAUCAGAGAAAUGGAGAGAUGGAUUCCACUCUUUGAUAUUUUUCUUAAUUCUUCAACCCCAGAAACCGAAGCAUCUAUUUGGUUAAACCAAUCUUUCAGUGCCUCAUCACCAUCGUCCCCAAUAACCACUGCCUCUUUUCUCUCUUUGCUUACCAAACCCAUCAAUGCCAGCAUCACUUCCUCAUCUCCUCCAGCCACAAAGAGGAUCAUGUUUAUACAGACGCUGCCUGAUAUGGUACAGUCUAGAAUUUUAUCUUUUCUUGCUUUUGAGCACGAGAGGUUUUGUAAGCGGAAAUUGUCUAGGUUGGCCACGAAUAUUUUGACGGACAAUUUAGGGAUUGAUUUCUGGGUAAAGAGAGCUGCCCACGACGUGCUCGAUCAAAUUUCUGAGUCAAACUAUGAAUGGAUUUCUGGUUUCAGCUUGGAUUCUGGAGAAGAGAGAGUUGAUGAUGGAGAAUUUGAGUCUUUGCCUGAUUGGCUUAAGGAUACUGUGAAUACUGACUUGGUUCUUCCUUGGCUACCUGUUGCGCUUGAUGACUUGAAUUCAAGAGAAUUGUUUGGUACUCAUGAGAGUGAAGGAGAUCCACUGAGUCAAGUUGGAGAGUGCGCAGGCGAUACUUUGGAGGAAGUUAUGGAGGAAAUGGAGAUUGAUAGUCCUCCAAAUGCUCCUUUGGCACCAGAAAUUCAAGAUAUGGCAGCUAGUUUGAGAAUCCAAGUUGUGAUUUUUGAGUCUUGUUCUAGAACUGUAGAAUUAGCAAAUGUAAUUCGCAAGCUUUGUUUAGAUAAAGGAGUAAAUUCGUUUGCAGUUCUCGGUUUGGUUGAACCUUGGAAAGCCGAUGAUGAGAUUGCUUCGGUUCUUUUGCCUCAUUUAUUAAAUGGAAUUGAUCAUAAAGAGCUUGAUUGGCCAAGCCAAGUUCUCAGUUCAGUUAUUCUUCCGAAGAUGCUGAUUCUUGAAGAGCCAGCUUCUCGUAUGCUAGUGGCUGCAACCAUAGACUAUUGCAAACUUCACCAAGCAGCUGCUGAAUAUGCGCUAUUGUUUCCACUGAUAAUGAGAACUGGUGGUAUCAAUAAUUCCUUAUGCGAUGUGAUGACACGGAUUAUUAAAGAAUGCUUGCAUCCAGUCCAUGUUUCUUCGUUCUGCCAGAAGCUGUUAUGUGGAGGAGCAAGUAAGAAAAGAUUCAUUUGUCUUCCUUGCCAUCAAUGCCUGAUUUCCAAUGAACUGGUGUGGACAGAAUCAUUAUUUAAUCUUUUCCAUAAUAUCUUGAAUCUUAAUAUUCAGUUAACUCAGGAUUUAGUAGAUCAACUUGCGCUGCGAGUUCAGGAAUUGGCUCAAAUGUUCUCAAAAUCUCUAAAAUUUGGGAACUUUUUGUUGUGUUUUAUUACUAAAUGCUCUUUAUUGUUGAUGUCUCAUAAGCUCUUGUUGACCAAGGCAGCUGAGCAGACCAAUACCUUUGUUACUAAAUCUAUAUUAUCAAAAUUAGCUAGCUUCUAGCUGCUGAAUUUAUUUUUA